AUGAUGCGGCUGAGCGGCCGGCGAGGACCUCAUGCAUAGCUGGACCAUCUUAGCCGUAGAUUUUCACUUGCCUUGUCUAGUUUCUUGCCAAAUUUGCUGUUCAAUGUCGAACUGUAACCGAAGCGGCGAGGAAACUAAUCAGCUUUAAAGGCAGACGAAGAAGAAAAUUAAGAAGCGAAGCAAUAACUGGACGGAGCUGGGCGUCAAAUUGCACCGGAUGUCAUUAUACGCUUUUAAAUAUCAAAGAUUAUAAUCAAGACCAAAGAUAGAGCCAUGGAGGUUGUAACACAUUUUGUGAAUGACACUGUAGAGUUUUACAAAUGGAGCCUUACUAUAGCAGACAAGAGGGUGGAGAACUGGCCGUUGAUGUCCUCUCCCUCUCCCACCCUGGCCAUCAGCUGCCUGUACCUGAUCUUCCUGUGGGCGGGUCCUAGAUACAUGCAGGACCGCCAGCCCUACACACUCAGAAAGACCCUCAUAGUCUACAACUUCAGCAUGGUGGUUCUCAACUUUUACAUCGCCAAAGAGCUCCUGAUUGCAUCGAGAGCAGCCGGGUACAGCUACCUCUGUCAACCUGUCAACUACUCAAAUGAUGUCAACGAAGUCAGGAUAGCCUCUGCUCUUUGGUGGUACUACAUCUCCAAAGGAGUUGAGUUCUUGGAUACAGUCUUUUUCAUACUGAGAAAGAAGUUCAACCAGGUCAGCUUCCUCCACGUCUACCAUCACUGCACCAUGUUCAUCCUCUGGUGGAUCGGCAUCAAGUGGGUGCCUGGUGGCCAGUCAUAUUUCGGUGCAACCAUCAACUCUUCCAUCCACGUCCUCAUGUAUGGUUACUAUGGCCUGGCUGCAUUGGGACCUCAUAUGCAGAAGUACCUUUGGUGGAAGAAAUACCUCACCAUUAUUCAGAUGAUUCAGUUCCAUGUAACCAUCGGCCAUGCUGGCCACUCUCUUUACACUGGCUGUCCGUUUCCCUGCUGGAUGCAAUGGGCUCUGAUUGGCUACGCUGUCACAUUCAUCAUCCUCUUCGCCAACUUCUACUACCACGCUUACAGAGGCAAACCUUCAUCGCAGAAAGCAGGCAAACCCGUGGCAAACGGCACUUCUGCUGUGACUAACGGUCACAGUAAUGUGGAAGAAGUUGAGGAAAAUGGAAAGAAGCAAAAGAAGGGAAGAGCAAAGCGGGAGUGAAGACAGAAGAGGGGCUUACCUGGCAUAAAGCAGAAAGAGGACAUAGGAGGAGGGAAGGGAAGGGAGGGAUAGCCAGGAAUUCAAACCAGAUGGCCAUCCUUCAAAGUAAUGUAACUUGGGACCAACUCGAGAAGGUAGCAGUGUGUAUUUGUGGGUGUGUCUGUAAAGCAUUCUGGUUUUGAGAGAAAGUGAGGGGUGCUGGUUGUCUACAUAACAGUUUUUUUAAUCAUGAAAAGCAAAUUGCUGAUCACGUAGGCUCCAUGCUUUUCUGUCCAACUGUGUUUUGGACCCUAAAAGGACCAAAAUAUUAAAGGACCUGCAACCUGCUCAGCAUCCACAACCAAAAUUCACAUCCACCUUUUGUACUCUGGAUUCCAGUAUUGUUUUACCUGAGAGCUUGAAUAGUCUUUUAAUAUGCUAAUUUAUUUACUAGUGCUCUAAAAAAAAGUUGAUUAAUUUAACUGUUACCAAACAAACAACAUUGCAGAGGGGUGUUUUAUUAUUAUUUUUUGUUUACAAACACUUAGUUGAGUAAUUAGCAAAGAAAUGACAAAAUUCUCACAUUUGCCAUCUGCUGUAUUUAACUUCUUUGCAGUCACCUGCAGCAUUUACCAACACAACUUGUCAAGGACUUUGCAUUUCUUUGCUGUCCCCAACUUUGCUGCAUUUACAGAAUAACAUGCUGUUUUUCUCUGUUCAUUGUGAACUAAAAGCCUGAUUUAAAAACACUUGGGAUGAAACUGUAGAGUUGUUUUUUUUGAAUUAUGCAAAUUUGUGAUUGUAUAUGUGAAAAUACAUAUUUUUGUGUGUCAUCGCCGUUUAUUUCUUUUUUUGCUGUGCGAUGUAGAUGAGGUGCAAAAGUAAGAGUUUAAAGUUCAGCUCAGUAUUGUCUCACUGCCACGUAGGACUGAAGGGAAACGCAUCCAGAACAGAGCUUUUUUAAAGAAAACAAAUGGUUAUUUCAUUCUUAUCAAAAAAAAAAGUGACACAGCUUCCUGGCUGCACUAUAACUGAAAUAAAGACAGUGUCAACACUU